AUGGCGGAAGACCUGCCCCAUCAGGUCCUCAGCAAGCUCGACGCCGCCAACGGACCACUCCUCACCUCCGAGAUCUUCCCCGAGCUUUCCUACAUCACAAUAAAAUCCGCAGUCGACCGUUUACGAUCACGAGAAUUCAUCACAGCGGAACAACUCGACCGGCUAGAGAUUGGCCUGACGGACGAGGGUCAGGACAUUGCCGAGAAUGGCAGCUUCGGCGCAAGAGUCUUUCAGCUCGUGUCACAACUCGACGGCCUCAAAAUCAAGGACCUUCCCUCGAAAGUCGGACCACAAGUCGCAAAGUUCGGACAAGCUGACGGCUUCAAGAACAAAUGGCUCAAGAAAGACGGCGAUAGUCUGAAGCCUCUGACCAAGAACAUCGACGACAAAGUGCAGAAACAAUUACAAGAGGUCAAAACCACAAAAUCACUAGGCGAUGCCGCAGCACUUAAGGAAUUCAAGAAGCGACAAUAUGUCACUGAUCGUAAAGUCUUCGAUUUCCGCAUCGCUAAGGGCAAGAACUUCUCAACCGAGUUCGUCAAGGAAGAGACAGACCUCACAGCCGAGAUGCUGGCCACAGGCGCAUGGAAGUCAGUCAAGUUAAAGCCAUACAAUUUCAAAGCCAAAGGCGCACCAACACCAUCCGGAGCACUUCACCCACUCAACAAAGUCCGAGCAGAGUUCCGAGACAUCUUCUUCGAGAUGGGCUUCGAGGAAAUGCCCACCAACCGCUUCGUAGAGACCGGCUUCUGGAAUUUCGACGCUCUUUUCGUUCCCCAACAACAUCCCGCCCGCGAUCUACAAGACACCUUUUACAUCUCAGAUCCACCUCGAGCAGACCCUCCACGAGAAGACACAGGACUCAAAGACGCCGACGCCCGCAAACACAAGCGAAAGAGCUCGAAAGAAAACGUCCUCAACUACGAGCAAUACUGGAAAGACGUCGCAGCCGUACACCAGGACGGCAAAUUCGGCUCGAUAGGCUAUAGAUACACAUGGGACCCCGAAGAAUCAUUACGCCUCGUCCUGCGGACACACACAACCGCCAUCUCCACAUACAUGCUCUACAAGCUCGCCCAGAAUCCACGACCAGCGCGCUACUUCUCGAUAGACCGCGUUUUCCGCAACGAGACCGUCGACCAAACCCAUCUAGCAGAGUUCCACCAAGUCGAGGGUGUCAUCGCAGACUAUGGCCUCACGCUCGGCGGUCUGAUCGGUUUCAUGGAAGUCUUCUUUGGCAAGAUGGGCAUCACCAACCUCCGCUUCAAGCCAGCGUACAACCCGUACACGGAGCCGUCCAUGGAGAUCUUCAGCUACCACGAGGGAUUGAAGAAGUGGGUCGAGAUUGGCAACAGCGGCAUGUUCAGACCGGAAAUGCUGGAGCCGAUGGGACUGCCGAAGGACAUGAGGAUAUAUGGUUGGGGCCUGAGUCUGGAGAGACCGACCAUGAUCAAGUACGGCGUGAACAACAUCCGAGAACUGCUCGGCCACAAGGUCAACCUCAACUUCAUCGAGGAGAAUCCUGCUGUACGACUCGACAAGGACUAA